CUUGCGCUUCACUUCCAGAAAACGUAACGCUAGGAACCGUGUGAUGACCGGAGGUUCUGGCUUCUCAAGAAUAGCGAUUCCGAUUCGCUUUGGACUGCUCUCGACCGACUCGGAUGCCGUCCGAGACCGAAACUCCGCAGUGCGCACCAAUUGACGCAUCGGAAGCCUACGCGUCUCACCGGCAUCGCGUCCUCGAGUGUGUCGCCGCCUGGCACUCUGCUCAUCGAGAAUGACAUGCGACGGCGAGCCGUGCAACCUCGAGCGGGUAUAAAUCCGUAGAUUUUCAGCAGCUCGAGGACGGACAUACCAGCUAUCUCUCCAGCAUCCUCUUCUAGACUCGUCAGACGUGACAAAGAGAAAGAUGCCUCUGCCCACCAGAAAGCUCGGCAACAGUGAGGUGGCGGCCAUAGGCUGGGGCGGUAUGGGCCUCUCCACCGCGUACGGGCCCACGCCGCCGGACGAGGAGCGCCUAGCGUUCCUCGACGCGCUCUACGCGAGCGGGUUCAAGCGCACAGGCAAGCGCAACGAGAUAUUCCUUGCAACCAAGGGCGGGUUCUUCUUUCAGUCCGGCAGGCCUGUAAACGCAGAGCCCGAGUACAUCAAGAGCGCUAUCGAGAAGUCGUUCGCCCGCCUGGGCGUGAACACUAUUGACCUGUACUAUCUCCAUCGCCCGGAUGCCACUGUCCCCAUAGAGAAGUCCAUUGCGGCUAUCGCGGAAUACGUCAAGGCAGGAAAGAUCAAGUACGUCGGCAUCUGCGAAUGCUCAGCUGACACUCUCCGCCGUGCGAACGCCACGCACCCGAUCUCUGCCGUCCAGACGGAGUACUCUCUCGCCGAGCUCAUCAUCGAACGGAAUGGGCUACUCGAUACUUGUCGGGAACUGGGUGCCGCUGUUGUCCCAUUCGCGCCCCUAGGCAAAGGCUUGCUGACCGGCCAAUACAGGAGCCCUGACGACUUUGCGGAGACCGAUAACCGGAGAUUGUUCCCAAGGUUCUCGAAAGAAAACUUCCCAAAUGUCAUCAGACUCGCUGACGGUCUCAAGGCAAUCGGCGAGCGCCAUAGUGCGACAGCAGGACAGGUCGCGCUUGCGUGGCUCCUUGGCCAGGGCAACGAGGUCAUCCCGAUACCAGGUACGAAGACGGUCAAGUAUCUUGAGGAGAACCUCGGCUCAUGGAAGGUGUCGCUCACGGAGGAGGAGCUCCAGGAGAUCCGUGUCCUGGCGGAGAAAGCAGACCCGUGGACUGGGCCUCGUUUCCCGGCAUGGUUUACCGCCGAGUCUUUCAUCGAUACACCGCCUCUUUGAAGCACAUGAAUAUGAAGCUGUAGUUCGCAGUCGUGCACAUGAUUGAUGAAGGUCGUGAUGGCUUCCGUCCAACAACCGAGCAGUUUUGCAUUCUUGCACGAUAUACGGAAAAUCAAGGCCAUGAGACUAUGCUCGAUCGAAAUCUAGAAGUUGUUCAGUGCUGUUUAACAGAUGCGUCCGAGAAAAGCGAUCGAAGAACAGUGAUCGACGAACGAGUUGUCGCUCUUGCCACAUCUACUUAACUCCUUGGCAUAGCCCUAGCCGCAAGAAUCAUCCCAUGAUGUGAUGGCGUAGUGUCCGAUAGGGUCCCGCAUCGCAUGCUGUGUUCGUAAACCUAAUCGUAUCAUGUUAAAUCAC